AUGGCCAUGGAGGCGGGGUUCACGGCGCAUAGAACAAAUGCGACGUGGAAUAUUACGCGACCACCGGCAAAUGCUAACAUCAUCGGAUCCAAUUGGGUAUUCAGUCUCAAACGUGACGAGACUGAAAUCAUCGUUCGUUUCAAGGCAAGGCUUGUGGAGAAAGGCUACGCGCAGGAACCAGGUGGCGACUACAACUUUACGUAUGCACCAGUUGUUAACGAUGCGUCACUGAGAAUCUUUGCAUCACGGGCCAAUGAACUUGACUACAAGAUCGAACAAUGUGACAUAGAUACCGCUUUCCUCUAUGGCGAGGUGAAAGAGCGUGUGUUCAUGGCGAUCCCUCAAGGCCUUGAAUUGUUUUUCAGCAUCGACAAAUCGCUCUACGGUUUUAAAGAGUCGGCUGAUGUGUGGCACAAUCGAAUCCGCCAAGCAUUUAUCAAGAGGAACUUUGCUCCACUUCAACCCGAGCCAUGUAUCUUCGUGCGUUCUGUCAACAACGACGUCUUUAUUUACGUCACUUUAUACGUUGACGAUAUGUUGAUCGCAGCACCGACGAAGCAACUCGCUCAAGACGUCAUCUCGAGUCUCGAGGAAUUACGUCUGGGGCGAUUGGGCGCAGCACGCCUCGUGGUGGGGAUGGAAAUCUGUCGAGAUCAUAUCGUCGAAAAAUUUGGCCAAAUUCACGCUAAGGUGAACGUGAACUCCUGUAAGAUUGCAACUAAACUUCGUCGAGGAGGUGAAGGAGAAGGUAUCGACACGACGGUGUACCAAUAUCGAUCCCUUAUAGGAAGUCUGCUGUUCGUCAGCAUGGGUACACGACGGGACAUCGUCUGCAUUGUUGGCAAGCUAAGCAAGUACUGUGAGAGCUCGACGAUGCUACACCAAGCCACGGCCUUCGUUUUGACUGAAAUGCACCGCUGCGCAGCUAUUCCGACUCGGACUGGGUCUCAGAUGUUCAACGACCGCAGGUCGAUAUCAGGAAUCAUGAACAGCGUCGCACUGAGUACUGCCGAAGCCGAGUAUGUCGCACUCUCACUAUGCACUCAGGAGACAGUCUGGGCACGCACGUUACUACAAGAGAUGGGAGCUAUUCACAACGAGGCGACCACCAUUUUCGUUGACAACUAG